UUCAAUGAAUUGCCAAAGUGCACCAUACAACUAAAUGAAUUGCGAUUACUAGAUUUGCGUUGGUGCAGAAUUCAAAAGAAUCCUUUUGAAGUAAUAGGAGGAUGUUCACAAUUGGAAGUAUUAUAUUUUUGUGGCAAUAGUGGAAAAGAUUGGGAACACCAAAAUAAAAAUAGUGCUGAAUUUUUUGAUAAAAUUAGCACUGCCACACCAACACUGGAGAGCUAUUGCAUACAUUUUGGCAGUGAUGAUGAAGAUUCUUGGUAUCAUAGACGUAUAUCUUGUUGUCAUUCUUUUGUUGAAAGAAAUUUAUAUAUUGAAGAUUUUGAGAAUUGUAUUUCAACUGCAACAAAUAAGGAUAUGAUGAGAAGGGCAAAGACUCUUUCUUUGAGGAAAAUCCCUAGAAGUUGGAAAAAUAUCAUUCCUGACUUGUGUCAAACAAUAGGAGGAAGUAUGAAUGACUUGACUCGUCUUGCUAUUCAUGAUUCAGAUGGGAUAGAAUGCAUGAUAGGCCAUGCAACUAAUCCAAGUCAACUUGGAAUCAUCUCCAAUUUGACUCGUCUAACUCUCUCAAAGGUGAAGCAUUUGAAAACUUUGCAUGGUGGUCAUCCUCCACAUGGCCUUUUUGCAAACUUGGAGAGACUUUGUAUAGAAAGUUGUGAUUCACUUGAGCACAUACUGACAGAAGAUGUGAAGGAAAUAGUUGAUGGAAGUGAAUAUCAGAAUUACGAAAAUGCAUUUCCCAAAUUGAAAGAACUUAAAAUAGGCAAUUGCAAGCAACUAGAAUACUUAAUGCCUAUCUCUUUCACAAAGAGCCUUUCACAUUUGGAAUAUUUACGUGUAUAUGGAAAUGAUGAAUUGAGAAGUUUGUUUGGGCAAGCUCCUUAUGAAGGCUUGAAUCUGAAUAGCCCUCAAAUAAUUGAGUUUUCUGCUCUGAAGUAUCUUCAACUUGAAAACAUGCAAAAUAUCAUUAGUAUUUGUCCUAAAAAUUAUCAUCCAACAUGGCCUUCUUUGGAAGAGCUAGGGUUGAGAAAUUGUCUGCGGUUUAAUAUCAAGUCUAUCAAUCAUUGCGAUGUGUAUGAUGAAUUGAGACAGGAGGGCGAUCAAAGGUCUUCUGAGGACCUAUUAAAGGUGGUCGUGGCCCCACUAGAAACUUUAGAGGACCUAUUUAUUCGACAUAAUGAUGAAGUAGAAGUUGUUUUUGAUGUCGGAAAGCUUCCUAUCAAUAGACAACAAGUAAACUUGAGGUUAAAUAACCUUAAUUUGCGUGAUCUACCCAAAUUGAGGCAUAUAUGGAGGGGUCCCAAAAAUUCUUUACUCCUCCAACAUCUUCAGCGGUUAAACCUAUCCAAUUGUGGAAAUUUGAAAGAAGUAUUCCCUUCAUGCAUCUUGAAAGAACUCCCACAACUGAGGGAACUUGACAUUACAGACUGUAAUGAGUUGGAGGAAAUCAUUGAAGAAGAUGAUCACAAUGUGUCGACUUCUCCGAAACCUGUCUUCCUAAGACUUGUUUCAAUCUACAUCAAACGUUGCCAUAAGUUGAAAUGCGUAUUCCCUAAGAUCUUUGCAUGUCGACUGAUUCCAAAUAUAAAGGUAUUGUACAUAGAAGAUACAUCUGCGCUUAAGCAAGUAUUUGGAGAUGAACAGCAUGACACAACACACACAUACGAGGCUGCCACUCCUGUGUUGGAAUUAGAAUAUGUUGUCCUUUGGAACCUUCCCUCACUCACUUCGGUCAAUCCAUCCACCGCUUUCCAAACCGCGAGGCACAUUAUUGUGCAACGAUGUCCCAAACUAUCUCUUACUUCCUCUGUUACUCCUCAGGAAAUGCGUGACAAACUAUUGGAAGGAUUUUGUUGGGAGUAUGAAGGAUUAUGGCGGGGUUUGAGUGAUAUUAUCGCAUCCACGAAUGAUUCUGAUAGAGAAAUCACCCAACAAAUUGGUUGUCAAGAAAUUGGAGACCAGAGGAAUGACCAAGGAUUGACAUCCAUUACUUCAUCAAACUUGAAACAGAAUGUUGAAGGAGCUGAAGAGUGUACUAUAUCAGAAAAUGUUCAGAUAUCUACUUCAUUAGCUCAUUCAGAACCGGAAAGCUCAACCAAGGUCAACCUCACUAUCUUACUAUAUUACAUCUUGCACUAAUAUUGUCUUUUUUCUGCUUGUGACA